AUGAGCUCCAGCACAUCCCAGCCGUACCUUGAUUUCCGCGCUUUUGUCGAUGCUCUCCGGUCCGACAACGACUUAGCUGAGAUCAACGCCGAAGUCGACCCUCACCUAGAAGUAGCCGCCAUAACAAGACGUGCAUACGAGCUCCGAUCCAAAGCCCCCCUAUUCAACAAUGUUAGGGGCGCCCAUGACGGCUUAUUCCGCAUUUUUGGUGCUUCAGGCGGUCUUUCCAGCGACCCUCAAUACCCAUAUCGUCGACUUGUGAGACAUGUCGGUCUCCCCCCAACAGCCAGCUUAGGCGAUUUCAUCGACAAGAUGCUCUCCGCAAAGGGGAAAGAGCCUAUCCCUCCGGUCCAUGUCGAGACUGGCCCCUGCAAGGAGCACAAGCUCUUUGGGGUCGACAUUGACUUGACGAAGCUUCCCGCACCACUCCUCAACAAAGCCGAUGGCGGCGAUUACAUCCAAACCAUGGGCAUUAAUAUCGUGCAGCAUCCGACCAAGCCAUGGGUCAACUGGUCAAUUGCGCGUGCCAUGGUCCUUGACAAAACCCACAUGGUUGGCCUGAUCAUGAAGCCACAGCACAUCGCCCGCAUCUACGAACAGUGGAAGGAAUCCGGCAAGGAUAUGCCCUACGCAAUUGCCCUUGGCGCUCCUCCGAUUGCCGUGAUGGCAUCCAGCAUGCCUCUUCCAGAAGGAGUCACGGAAUCCGAAUAUGUCGGCGCUCUAUGUGGUGAGCCGCUUGAACUGGUGAAAUGCGAGACAAAUGAUCUCUGCGUCCCGGCGCGGAGUGAGAUUGUGAUUGAAGGUACCGUGUCCAUCUCUCAACGGGCCAAGGAGGGUCCAUUUGGAGAGAUGCACGGUUAUAGCUUCUUGGAUGAAGAGUCCAUUCAGCCAAUAUACAACUGGGGGGCUAUCCUCCCCAUCUCGGUCCCGGGACGCGCCACGGGCCCCGACGAGACUCACACACUGAUCGGCACACUGGCAGCUGCAGAGAUCAGGCAGCUGCUCCAAGAGAAUGGACUUCCAGUCCUUAAUGUUUUCACUCCCUAUGAAACGCAGGUCAUCUGGGCUGCGGUGCAGGUAGAUAGAAAGAAGCUAUGGGCACUGAGAACGAACGCAGCAGACUUCUGCCGCAAGAUCGGAGACCUGGUCUUCCGGCGUAAAUGCGGCAUGCAGAUCCAUCGUCUCCUAAUUGUUGGAGAUGACAUCGAUCCAUUUAACUUCAAAGACGUCAUUUGGUCAUAUGCUAGCCGCUGCCGGCCGGGAAUGGAUGAGUACCAUUUCGAAGACGUCGCUGCCUAUCCAUUGGUGCCGUACAUGUCGCAUGGACCGGGAACCAAGUUGACAGGGGGAAAGGUAGUUGCUAACUGUCUACUGCCUCACGAGUAUAACCAAGAGCAAAUGUGGGUGGUUUGUGAUUUUGAAAAUGGGUACCCAGAGGAAGUCAAGGAGAAGGUUCUACGGCGAUGGACUGAGUUCGGUCUUUAG